AUGGGAUCUACUAACAUGUCAUAUCUGAACCCGAAGACAGUAAUCCUGAUUGGGAUCCCUGGCCUAGAGCACGUGCAGUUUUGGAUUGGAUUUCCCUUCCUUGGUGUGUGUCUGCUGGCUCUACUGGGGAACAUCUUCUUAUUAAUCGUCAUUGCUACAGAACGCAGUCUUCACCAACCCAUGUAUAUCUUCCUGGCAGUUUUGGCAGCAACUGACCUAGGUCUCUGUGUAGACAUUGCUCCCAAGAUGUUGGCUAUCUUCUGGUUUGGCUCUUGCUCCAUGUCUUUUGAUGCUUGCCUCACCCAACUCUUCUUCAUCCAUGCCUUGCAGGGCACGGAAUCUGGCAUCCUGUUAGCCAUGGCCUUGGAUCGCUAUGUGGCCAUCUGUGAUCCUUUGAGGCAUACAUCCAUCCUCACACCUGUCUUUCUAAUUCAGAUGGUACUGAUGGUGGCAAUCUGGGCAACGGUGCUUGUUGGGUUUCUACCCAUUCUACUCAAACAACUACAACUUUUCCAAUCUGUGAUUAUUGCCCAUUCCUACUGUGAGCACAUGGCUGUGGUCAAGUUGGCUGCAGAAGAUGUUCAUAUUAAUAAAUCAUAUGGGCUCUUUGUGGCUUUUGCAAUUCUAGGUUUUGAUAUGAUCUUUGUCUUUAUCUCCUACAUUCUGAUUUUUCAGUCUGUUUUUCAUCUUCCCCAUAAGGCGGCACGACUCAAAGCAUUCCACACUUGCACUUCCCAUAUUGUCAUUUUCCUGGAGUUUUAUAUUCUUGCUUUCUUUUCCUUCUUCAGCCACUGUUUUGGACAUAUAUCACCCUAUGCCCAUAUCCUCCUGUCUACCAUCUAUCUGCUUGUGCCCCCUGCCCUUAACCCCAUUGUUUAUGGUGUGAAGACCAAGGAGAUCCGCAGGCGGGUUGCUCAGUUGGUAUUCUGA